GUAGACCUGUAAUCUAGUCCAUGAGGAUUUCUGUUAGUUCUACCAUGUAAAAACUAGUCCAAGUUAAUUGAUCGACUGGGUUCUGUGCUAUCUUUGUCUCUUUUGGGAUACUGAAUUGGUGUUUAUCCAUUGAUGAGCAGGUCCUUGCUGCUUAUUGGAAUUAAGGGAUGAGAAUAGAUAUGAGGAUUAUUGUGGUCACCCGGUAAUUGAGUUCCUUGCAAAUGGAGAUUGUUUGUUUAUUUCGUUAAGUCAUCUCUUUAGCUACUCCUAGUAGAUUCUGUUCAUUAGUGACUGUUAUCUGUUGAUAUUGAACAUAAUGUAAACAAGACAGCUUUUUGAUCCAUGUUAAGUUGAGGAUGUAUCCAUGCUUUGAGCUUAGAUUCAUGUGCUGUUCCUAAUUGAUUCAUUUAUUCUUCAUAUGGAAAAACACAAUUCAUUCUUUAAAUUUUAUUUUUUUUUCAGAUGUAACAGUCCGCUUCAUAUAGAGAAGGAUUAGAAGUAGUCAUGUGCCAAAACAAGGGCCACACGUACAUUGAAAAUGAAUCGAGCUUAUAUUUCCUUUGUUUUGUUUUCAUCCAAAAUGCUAUGUUGAUCAAGAGUUUCCAUUCUGCCUGACCAUAGUUUCUUACAGCUAUCUUAGGAGGUGCAAGUUUAGGUAUCAUAAUGGCCUCUCAAGUCCCUUAAAAUUGUGUCUGUGUUUAGCAUGUAUUGUUUCUAUUAUCAUCUCCAAUAGUUAUUUGUGUGUAUGUGUGUGUGUGUGUGUGUGUGAGAGAGAGAGAGAGAGAGAGAGAGAUUCUGCCACAACUGGUAAACUAUCAUGGAAGAAACAUUCGUGCCCUUUCGUGGGGUCAAGAAUGAUCUUAAAGGAAGAUUGUUGUGCUACAAACAAGAUUGGACUGGUGGGUUUCGUUCAGGUUGCAGGAUCCUUGCUCCCACUACAUACAUAUUCUUUGCUUCAGCAAUUCCAGUAAUAUCUUUUGGGGAGCAACUGGAGAGGAAUACAAGUGGAAGUAUUACUGCAGUGCAGACUCUUGCAUCUACAGCAUUAUGUGGCAUCAUUCACUCGAUCAUUGGAGGACAGCCAUUGCUUAUUCUUGGGGUUGCUGAGCCAACAGUUCUGAUGUACACAUUCAUGUUCAACUUUGCUAAGGACAGACAAGAUCUGGGUCAGAAGCUCUUUUUGGCCUGGACAGGAUGGGUUUGUGUGUGGACUUCAGCCUUGCUGUUCUUGCUGGCUAUUCUUGGUGCAUGCUCUAUUAUAAAUAGAUUUACACGUGUUGCGGGUGAACUUUUUGGUCUGCUAAUAGCAAUGCUCUUUAUGCAGCAGGCUAUUCGGGGUCUUGUGGAGGAGUUUGGCAUACCCCAGAGGGAAAACCCUAAUCAGACUGCACUGUUACCAUCAUGGCGUUUCAGCAAUGGAAUGUUUGCAUUGGUUCUCUCCUUUGGCCUUCUUCUAACUGCAAUAAGGAGCCGCAAAGCUAGAUCAUGGCGCUAUGGGAGUGGUUGUCUAAGGGGAUUCAUCGCUGAUUAUGGAGUCCCAUUAAUGGUCCUUGCUUGGACUGCUGUAUCUUAUAUACCUGUUAAAGAUGUUCCAAAAGGGAUCCCAAGGCGCCUUUUCAGCCCGAAUCCAUGGUCUCCGGGUACUUACUCAAAUUGGACAGUUAUCAAGGAAAUGUUGAAUGUGCCACCAUUAUAUAUUGCUGGAGCAUUCAUACCUGCUACCAUGAUUGCUGUGCUUUACUACUUUGAUCACAGUGUUGCAUCUCAACUUGCCCAACAGAAGGAGUUCAAUCUUAAGAAGCCACCUUCGUACCAUUAUGACCUCCUUCUUUUGGGUUUCUUGGUCAUAGUAUGCGGUCUAAUUGGCAUCCCUCCUUCUAAUGGUGUUAUUCCACAAUCUCCAAUGCAUACAAAAAGUUUGGCUACUCUGAAGCAUCAGCUUUUGUGCAAUAAGCUUGUAUCAACUGCUUCGAAAAGUAUUCGUAAGAAUUCGAGUUUGGGUCAGUUGUAUGGGAGCAUGCAAGAGGCGUAUAAUCAAAUGCAAACUCCAUUAGUCUUUCAAACUCCACCCGGCCUGGGACUGAAAGAGUUAAAAGAGUCCACAAUCCAACUGGCUUCAAGCAGUGGCAACAUUGAUGCCCCAGUUGACGAAUCUGUGUUUGACUUGGAGAAAGAUAUUGAUGAUCUUUUACCCAUUGAAGUCAAAGAACAGCGUCUUAGCAAUUUGCUUCAGGCCUUGAUGGUUGGAGGCUGUGUUGCUGCAAUGCCUCUCAUCAAGAAGAUCCCAACUUCAGUUCUUUGGGGUUACUUUGCUUUUAUGGCCAUUGAAAGUUUGCCUGGAAAUCAAUUUUGGGAGAGGAUAUUGUUACUCUUCACUGCUCCUAGUCGAAGAUACAAGGUGUUGGAGUAUCAUGCAACAUUUGUCGAGAUGGUUCCCUUCAAAGCCAUUGCAACCUUUACUAUAUUCCAGAUGGUUUACUUGCUUUUAUGUUUUGGCCUAACUUGGAUUCCAAUUGCUGGGGUCCUUUUCCCACUAUUAAUCAUGCUUCUAGUCCCUGUGAGGCAGUAUGUACUUCCCAAAUUUUUCAAAGGGGCUCAUCUUCAAGACUUGGAUGCUGCAGAAUAUGAAGAAACCCCAGCUAUAACAUACAACCUCUCAUUUGAUGAACAAGAUCCUCAAGCAAGAAAUGCUUGUACAGAUAGUGAAGAAAUUCUUGAUGAUAUUAUCACGAGAAGCCGUGGUGAGAUUCGCCAUACAUACAGUCCAAAACUAACAAGUUCAACCCAAACCUCACCAUAUGAUAUUAAGCCUCUGUACAGUCCACGGAUGUCACAGAAGGCAUACAGCCCCCAAGUUGGUGAGUUAAGGAUGGAGCAAAAUCCACAAUUCCAUGGGAAGGUGAAUGAAACUAAGCAAACUCCCAGUCCUCGUCUGUCGAUGCUCGGACAACAUUCUUGUGGCCCAACAUCUAGGUAAAAGUUCAAUAAAUUAGUCAGGUAACUGGGUAAGAAAGUUGUCAAGGGUACUUGAGAAGCUCUGUGUCCAGUUUAUGUAAAUUCAGUAGUUUUUUGAGGGUGUGCUGUUUCUAACCUGUGACUCAGUUUGAAUCGUCCAUGGUAGCAUCACUCUGUCUUGUAUCUCCCAUUGGGCUUUUAGCAGAACAUGCUGAUUAUAAGAAGUCAUUAUUUCU